AUGCACGAUAAAAGUACUGUUUAUCUCCACGAUCGUUUUCUUCUACGACGUACACCAAUACAAUUAGAUCAACGGUCUCUAUGUCCACCGUGGAGACAUACGCAAAUUCCCGUUGAACUCUUUGAUCUAAUGACUGCUCCACCAUCAAUGUCUAUUCGUCUCUAUCGUCUUCAUUAUGAAAUUUUACAAUUUUAUCAAUUCAUGAUUCCAACAGAAGAAGAGCAUGCUGUAAGGCAACAAGUAGUCAAUCGUAUAAAGAGUGUAAUUAAUCAAUAUCUACCAACAGCUUCUGUUGAUGUUUAUGGAAGUUAUAAAACUGGAUUAUAUUUACCAAUGAGUGAUAUUGAUUUAAUCGUUCAUUCAAAAGAUGGACGUCAAUGGACACCAGAGGAAUUAGAAGCUUUAAUGUUAGUUUUACGAGAAGCCUUUUGUCGUCAUCGUAUUUGUACACAAGAAGGAAUACAAUUAUUAAAUGGUGCAACUGUACCAAUUAUUAAAUUAACUGACCGUAAAACUGACGUCAAAGUAGACAUGAGUUUUAAUAUGAACAAUGGUCUACGAAGUGCACAACUUGUACUUCGUUACAUGGAAGACUAUCCAUAUAUGAAAUAUCUUGUAUAUGUCUUAAAACAGUAUCUACUCCAGCUUAAUCUCAAUGAAGUAUGGACUGGUGGUAUCAGUAGUUAUUCACUUAUUCUUAUGUUAGUCUGCUUCUUCCAGACUUACUAUAAAAAAGAUCAGCAAUCAUUAUGGUCACCAUUUUUAUCUUCAUCAAUUUUAUCUGGUUUAUCAACAUCUUCAACAGUUACAAUAAAAACUACGUCGACAUCACCAUCAUCAUCUAUUAAAACAAAUAGUACAACUGGCACUACAGAUGAUUGUUCAUCAUCAACAUCUUAUCCAUCGUCAUCUGCUGCUUCGUGCAUAUCUUCUGAUGAUAAUAAUAGUUGUAGUAAUAAUAAUAAUAAUAGUGAUAUUGAUGAUGAUCAUUUUACUAAUAUCAAUAAUGAUAAUACUCAAACGACAAAUAAUAAAAUUGAACAUAUUAAUCUUGGACAUAUGCUGAUUAGUUUUCUUGAGUUAUAUGGUGUUUAUUUUAAUUAUGCUAAGUUAGGUAUACGUGUACAGACACCACAUGAGCCCGAUCGUCCAGCUGGUUUUAUUGAUAAAGAAGAAUUAUUUAAAAAUUUCUGUUGUGGACAUCGAACAAUAACUAACUUAUGUAUAGUCGAUCCAUUCAAUGAUAAAAAUGAUAUAAGCAAAGCUUCUUGGUUAACGCCAAAAAUGAAUUCAGCAUUUCGUGAAGCAUAUGACAAACUAUUGCAAAGUGUUUCAGAUCAAAAUACAACAUUAAAGAAUGCACCUUCUAUUCUUUCAAAAAUCAUCGCUGUCAGCGAAAGUACAUUAUUAUAUCGUAAACGAAUACGUACAAUCUAUCGUGAUUAUCAGAAUGAACAACGAACAGUCAAAUAUAUACAAUAUGGCAGAUUGAAUUAUGCUGUAACAGAUAAACAAUUGAUACAAUAUUCUAAUGAGAAUUCACUUAAGUAUCCAUAUCAUAUAUGUUAUCAACAACAAUUCUUAUCAUCACAUAAUUUAUUUAAUCGACCAUCAACACAGCGCAGCAAUCAGUCGAAAACUAACACUGAUGAUGAACAUCACAAUGCUCAAGAGUAA